UACCGGUCCAGUGGACCAUUCCAGAUUAAUCAUGGCGGGUGUGCGAAUGUGUUUCGUGUCGUCCUCAUCAUUGUCCGCCGUGUUUUGCUAUUUCUGAGCGCUUCUGAGGCCAUGCUGUGAAUACUACAUUGUUGCUACAGACAUCAUGGAGUGCAGUCUCAGAACAUAAGAUGACUGGAUCCAAACUGCUACAUUCCUUAGGAGGCUGACUCCACUGCUAUAGUAUAGGUGUAAGCAAAGGCUUAAAGCCAUGCCGCUGGGGUUUCUGCUAAAGAAGGCUACGGGCAUCCUGGGGCAGCUGGGACUGGCUAACGACCCGACGCGACCGCCCCCGCUAGACGGAGAGAUCAUCUACUGCAAGAACAACGUGUGCGUACAUCCUCCAGGACCGCUCAACGUCAACACUAUUCACCAUCCAGGAUACCUCACGAUCCGUGCUCAAGAUGAUGACGUGCUGGGAUCCACCCUCAUCCUUACCUGGAUCCCCAACACCACCCUGCAGAGGAAGCCCAGUUCCGCCCCCUCCACCCCCAGCACCGGGUCUCCCCCGGGAGAUAAGCCCGGCCCCCCUCCCAGGAAACUCUCACACGACAUUCCAGGAAGCUCCGACAUGGUGACGUCCCACAGGUUACUGGAACAUGCCGACGUCGACCUUGAACCACCGGGAACAAAGAACUCGUCAUGUCUGAGCCUCGACCGUAGCUGCUCAGAUUCAGGGUACGCUGAUGACGCCGUCAGCAAACACAGUAGUGCAAUGUCCGAGCAGCAUCAACAGUUCUAUGAGAAGAUUUUGGGGCAGACCGUUGGAUUAGAGCCUUCCGUGAUGUCUCAGUCCGACACCUGUGCUACUGGUAGCAGAAGGUUAAGCCACAAGUCUGUAGAUAGUGCAAUCUCCUCCAAAAACCAGAGUCCCGUUGACGCUGACGCAAAGACGACGGCGGGUGACAUCAGCAUGUCUUCGGACAGCGAGAGCCUCACCACGGAGACUCAGCUGGCUCUGCUGAUCGCCAGGAACGACUACGAACAAGGGCUGAGAGACGAGCACCAGAUCAAAGGGGAUUCUCAGGCCAGUAGUAAAGGUGUCAAACUCUUACCAUGGCAACUCUCCAAGCACGUCAGACAAGCCCUGCAGACGGACUUUGACAACUCCAGUGUGAGCUCUGACGACACCAGUGCGGGGAAUAGCCCGUGGCCGUCCCCUAAGAAGAAGAUGCCCGAUUACUCGGUAGUCCACGCGAACAAAGAGUUGUGCGACACGGACGUUGAUGAGGAGUUGGAGUCGCCGGGAAACGGGCACAUCCACCGGAGGAUGUCCGACUCCAGCUCGACUUCCAGUACUGACACGGACACGACCCAGGACGGCGACUCUUGCCCCCCCUCCCCAUCAAGCUCCCAACAUGCCACAUCCCCAACUGAGGAAAAGGAGAUACAGAACAGGCUGGAGAGAUCGCUGUCAGACUCCAACCCCGAGGGCUUGGCAGUCACCUAUAACCUCACCUUCCCGGAGAAUUCCGUCAGUUACGUUGACCAGGUGGGGUUGAAGGGGCCCGGCUCAGCGCGGGAGCAACUGUGUGGUGUCUUCUCUGCUGAUUUGGGUCAAAUGAGGUCACUCAGGUUGUUCUUCAAUGAUGGUGAUGGCACUUGUGGUCAGCUGGUGAUUGCCAGCAGGGAGAGUCAGUACAAGAUCCUGCACUUCCACCAUGGAGGACUGGACAGGCUGGCAGAGAUGUUUGAAGACUGGAGACACUGUACACAGGCCAAGGCUAACAAGGGUUUGUCUGACCAGUUCUGUCGGCAGUUCUCCAUUAACCGGCCCAGCGUGACCGCCAUCGAGUGCCACCCAGACGAGGACGUGUACGGGACCAUCACGCCGGAGAUCUGGCAGUCUUACUUCAACGAGCGCGGGCAGGUCGAGGAUGAGGAGAGCUUGAAGAAGGCCAUUUUCUUCGGAGGCCUGGACCCGAGUGUGAGAAAGGAAGCGUGGCCCUUCCUGCUGCACUACUUCUGCUUCCAGUUCACCUCCGAGGGGAGGGAGGAGUACUGUCACCGCAUGUCAGCUGAGUACCAGGCCAUCCAGGACAAAAGACUGUCCAUGUCUGAUGAGGAAAAGGAGCACUUCUGGAGAACCGUGCAGGUAACAGUGGACAAAGACGUGGUACGGACAGACAGGAGUAAUCCAUACUUCAAGGGGGACAACAACCCACACGUGGAGAUCAUGAGGAAGAUCCUGUUGAACUAUGCGUACUACAACCCGUCGAUGGGGUACACCCAGGGCAUGUCUGACCUGCUGGCCCCGGUACUGGUGGAGGUACACGACGAGGCCGACGCUUUCUGGUGCUUUGUGGGACUGAUGCAGAACACCAUCUUUGUCAGCUCUCCCACUGACGCAGACAUGGACAAACAGCUGAUGUACCUACGGGAGCUGUUGAGAGUGAUGCAGCCCAACUUCUACCAACACCUGGUCACCCUGGGGGACGCCAUGGAACUUCUCUUCUGUCAUAGAUGGAUCCUGCUCUGUUUCAAGAGGGAGUUUCCAGAGGCAGAUGCCCUGAGGAUGUGGGAAGCCUGCUGGGCACACUACCAGACAGACUACUUCCACCUGUUCAUCUGCCUGGCGAUCAUUGCCGUGUACGGGGACGAUGUGGUGCAGCAGAAGCUACCGUCAGACGAGAUGCUGCUCCACUUCAGUAACCUGGCCAUGCACAUGAAUGGGGAUGUUGUCUUGAGAAAGGCUCGAGGUUUGCUGCACCAGUUCCGCCUCCUUCCCAGAAUUCCCUGCACCCUCCACGGCCUGUGCAAGACGUGCGGGCCGGGCAUGUGGGACAGCGGGCACGUGCCCACCGUGGAGUGUACGGGGUGUCACAACGAGGACGGCUGCCCCUACGGCGGGACCUCGCCCCAGCACGAGAAACCAAUCACAAAUAAGAUCUUCCCCGAAAAAUUCUUCUAGUAAUAAUUAACUGGACCUAGUCAUGCAAAUCAGUGAAAAAUGAGGUAAUUUAAAGAAUAAGUCUAUUAGUAAUCGGAUCAAGACAUUGAUAGGCUUUAAGCUGAGAAUUAAUUGUGAACUUAUCAUUAUAUAGUUUUUUCUUUUAAGCAGAGCAACAUUAAACCUCAAGCUAUAAUUAUCAUUCUCACAUUAUUCAUCAUUUAGCUAGUAAGUACUUUUAAAAUACCUUUCUCAAAGUUGUAUUGUUUGCAGCAAAAGUCAACAGUGAGAGGGUCAUAGUUUGAUGAAUGUAUAAAAUCAUCUACACUAGAUGCAAUUAUUAGGAGGUAUUUCUUUCACAAGUUUAAUACAUUCCAAAGUCUGGACAUGAAGCAAAGUAAAUCUUAUACUUCACUGUUCAUGAAUGAAAAUAACGUUUUUUUUUUGGUGAAAAAUAAGAAAAUGGGGAUGAAGAGAUAUAACAAUUAUUGUGUCCAUCUAUAAUUGCCCCGAUGAUACCUCUGUCUUUCGUAGGUGAACUUAGUGACAUCAAGGCUUGUAAACUUCUAACACUGAACUCAUCCUUCAAAUGGCUCCCAUUGCUGUGCUGUAUCUGCUUGGUCCUGCUGAAACCACUUUCACAAAUUGGCAACACGAACUGUUGCAGGUUAAUUAAAGCUCUGCGCUGUCCAAAAUAAGUAGCCGUAAGAUUGAUGCUUCUAAGGGAGUUGUCAACCUAAGCUUGUGUUGGAAGGAUCCCAAAAAGGCCUUAAGAGCUACCCAUGGCAUGAGGGAACUUGCCAGGAAAGUUCAUAAGCCAUGGUUGACAGAGCAGUGCUGGCACAGACCAUUAACUAGUCCAGUGAGUACCAACAAGGCUAAGUACAAGUACCGCUGAGAGAACCUUAUAAUGAUGGUACAUGAAUGUGUUCUGUCAGCAGUACUUGUGAACAAAGAGAACUCACAAGAACACAGAAAGUCAGUUUAACUUUAGUCAGUAAUUUUACUGUUCCUUGCCGCUAGUAAAUUGUCACAUAAAGUACAAUGUAUAGAUGUUACUAACUUGCUUAAAGUAAAAUGUAUUUCUAUAUUUGUUAGGGUAUGGCAUAAUGCUACUGUUGUACAAAGAUACAUCAUCAUACAUGUAUCACAUAUUAAUUAACUUGGUAUACUCCAAAAUACAUGUAUUCAGUUGUAAAUUUAUAUCUCAUUUAUUUGACUACUUCUCAUUUGUGUAACCUGAUAGCAUUAUGAAAUGGCUAUGUUUCAUGUAAAUAAUAGACCUAAGAAGUAGGUCGGUACAUGUAUGGUGCUAGUAAACAACAUGCAUUCCCUGUUUAAGCUACAGAACAGAAAGUUUGUGUAAGAAAGUUUUGUUUCAGAUCUGAUCAGUGAUUCAGUUCCAGCAUAUCACUUCAAAAUUGUUGACUACUGUUCUUCUACAUUACUUUGUUAAUUGUUCAUUCAGAUAUCCUUCAUUGUUUUUGCCCCCCUAAAAGCAGACUAAGAAGUAAGAAAUUUUUUGGGAUGUAUGACUUAGUUUCGUCAGUGAAGGUUAGACAUCCAGGUAAUUGAGAUACGCCAAAAAACCGUUACUCAAGCAAGUGGAUAUGACAAAAUCUUAUUCCGUUGCUUGAGUAACUGUUUUAUGGUGUAUGACUUAGUUUUCUUACCACCCUUUUUAUCAAGUUAAGUUACAUAUCAUUUUUUUUUGGUACAAAGCCCAAAAGUACUUUUUUUUAAUUGAGCUCAGUCUCUGUUGUUAGACAUGAAUACAUACACUGCAUGGUACAUUCCAGGCAAACUUCCAACUAAAGCUGUAGCUGAAGCAUGUUGUAAGAUAGGUGCUGUGGUGAGAGAUGUAUUGACUGUUGCUGCUAGAGUGGUUAGCCAUGUUUGUGUGACAUGCUCGUGAGAGAAAAAAACGUAAAUGUGUGUAGAGAAUGUGGAAAGCUGACAAUGCGUGAGAUAGAACGACUAGAGUUGUACAAGGCUGCAAGAUUGUAAUUUAUAUGUAAUAUGAUUAUAUUAUUACAAGUUAUUACAGUGAUAUAAAUGUGGUGUAAGUAAAAUUGAAAUGUUCGCCAAUUGGCAUUAAGUUAUUGUAGACUUCCUUACAUUUCAUGUGAAGCACAUAUAUGUGUGAUAUGUGUGAUGUGUUUGCUGCUUGUCUUUGCUUUGGAUAAAAUAUCAAUUGUGCCAGCUUGCUUGUCAUAUGCUGUGAAUGAUUGUGCUAAUUAAAAAAAGACCAGUUGAUACUUGCAAGGAGGUUUAAAUCUCCUUGAUAUUUGUAAAUGAGCAACCAAAUUUCAAUGAUUGUAAUUCAUUCAAUGAAUGAAUUUCUUCACCUUCAAAGCAAUGUUUUUCAAAAUUCUGUCGUGCUUGUAUUCUUUAGCUUACAAUUUGUUUUCAAAAAUUUGUCACUGUACAAUCAUGUAUUUGUGUGCUGUACAUGUAUAUUGUAGUUAUGCUGAUGCUAGUUUGGCAACACAUUGCUGAUCGCUAUGUGCCUGGAGCUAUGUUAGCACUAAACUUGCACAUCCCACUUCUUCAAAAGCCAUGGCAGGUCAUGCCGGCAAGGUCAUAUUAAUAAUGACCACAGAAUUGAUAUUUGUCUUGACAGGGACAAAAGUAGAGGCAUAGUACAACAAAGUAAUCUCCAAGCAUGACAUUUAGAUGUAUUUACAAUAUUUAUUCAGAUAUUUACUCUAGAAGUUUACUUUCCAAAGAGAUGAUAGUAUUUUUCUUGACCACUUGGACUGUAGAGUGCUGUAUGAGCUGUAUUAGGUAUGUCCCAAACCUGGCCCAUACGAUGGGUCUGGCACACUGUUAUGAAUGCAGUGUGAUACUGUAAGCAUCCAGAAUAAAGCAAGAUGAACAA